AGCUCAGAGCUGCUCGCCGUGAGUUAGCUCUCAGGUGAAGCUAAUUCCUCCUCCUUCUUCGGGUCUAAAUUAAAUCUUUAUAAUGCGAAAUCUUCAUAGAAGUUGAACCGUAUUAAACACGUUGUUACAGAACAAUGUUUUAUUCAUUGACUGAAUACAAUUACUACUGGCAGGUGAUCAUUGCAUGGAGUCACAAAGGACACAUGUAUUAAGGUGGGAGCCAAGAAACAAGACAUUCACAGUAAAAUGACAUAAAGGCCCUUCCAAACCUCUAAGAUGACGUGCAGAAGCACAUUGUGUGUAAUGUGAUCAGAGAGGAAAGGGAAUGCAGACUUGCCAGCUAUAGCUUGUAUGCGAGCGUGAUGCCCAGGCGGGGGUUGACGCUCCAGGGCCGGUUCCGCUGGCUCUUUCUGGGCCUCUUCCUGCUGCUGGUGCUGCUGCUGUUCGCAUACCUGCUGGAGUGCACCCCUCCAGCAGACGUCAGCCUGGCCCUGCCCGGCCUAGCAGGGGAGGCCUACGGGAAGGAGUACUACCAGGCCCUGCUGCAGGAGCAGGAGGAGCGCCACCUAAACCGUGCCGCCAGUCUCAAGCGCCAGAUUGCCCAGCUCAAGCAGGAGCUGCAGGAAAUGGGUGAGAAGUUAAAGCUCCUGCAGGACAAGAAGGAGCCCCCUGGGGUGCAGGGACUGGCCGACACUAAAGACCAAGAGCCGGGAGAUCUGCUGGAGUACCUGCACUCUCAGAUUGACAAGGCUGAGGUCAACACAGGGGCACGCCUCCCCAGCGAGUAUGCCCUGGUGCCCUUUGAAAGUUUCACUUCGUCCAAAGUGUACCAGCUGGAGAUGGGUCUGACGCGGCACCCGGAGGAGAAACCUGUCCGCAAAGACCGCAGGGACGAGCUAGUGGAGGUCAUGGAGGCUGCGCUGGACAUCAUCAACAACCCCGAUGAGGAGGACGGUGUGGAGGAAGACAUGCCGAUGCAGAGACAAACCUACACAGAGGGUCACUUUACUGAAGGACUGUACAGGACAGAGCGAGACAAAGGGACGCUCUAUGAGCUCUUCUUCGCCAAAGAGGAUUCCAGCAGCUUCCGCCAUGUCCAGCUCUUCAGACCUUUUGGUCCCUUAAUGAAAGUCAGGAGCACAUCAGUAGAAACUUCAGGAAUGAUUAUUAACAUCAUUGUGCCGCUAGCAGGCAGAGUAGAUACUUUCACACAGUUCUUGCACAACUUCAGGGAGGUGUGCAUACAGCAGGACAGACGAGUUCAUCUCACGGUGGUUUAUUUCGGGCCAGAAGGCCUCGAGGAGGUGAAGUCAUCUUUGGGGAAAAUGUCAAGGGAGGAGAGCUUCUCCAAUUACACUCUGAUCCCAGUGGACGAGGAGUUUUCACGAGGUCGGGGUCUGGACAUCGGAGCCCACGCCUGGAAGAAAGGCGACGUCUUAAUGUUUUUUUGUGACGUUGACAUCCAUUUUACUCUGGAGUUCCUGAACACCUGUCGUCUCCACGCUGCUCCAAAUAAGAAAGUCUUCUAUCCAGUGGUGUUCAGUCUGUACAAUCCUGCCAUCGUCUACGGAAAUAUGGAGCUGGCUCCACCUUCUGAACUCCAGCUGAUUCACAAAAAAGAUGCUGGAUUCUGGAGAGAUUUUGGCUUCGGAAUGACGUGUCAGUAUCGCUCAGAUUUCCUAAAUAUCGGUGGGUUCGAUCUUGAAGUCAAAGGCUGGGGUGUGGAGGACGUCCACUUGUACAGGAAGUAUCUCCGGAGCGAGCUGAUAGUGAUUCGGACGCCGGUGUCCGGUCUCUUCCACCUGUGGCACGAGAAGCAGUGUGCGGACGAGCUGACGCCGGAGCAGUACCGCAUGUGCAUCCAGUCCAAAGCCAUGAACGAGGCUUCCCACUCUCACUUGGGCAUGCUGGUUUUCCGCGACGAGAUCGAGGCUCACCUUCGCAAGCAGGCCUUCAAGACUCAGAGCAGAACGGAGGACUGAGCCUCGACGCUCCCAUCUCCAUUCCAACGUUAAGACUGUGAGGUGCGCACAAUGUCAUCGCACUACAGCAAACACAUGUUUACAUGGAUCCUUCUGCAUUUCACUGCACAGCUGUAGACAAAUGAAUGUACAAAAACCAACAUUGAUCGAUGUUAAACUUCACAAUAUGGUACAACUUUUCAGUAUCAAACACAGGUCGUAUUUAACCUGCUGAAGGAGAACCAACCAGAUGUAUUGGAUUUAGGUUGACGUUGUAUUUUACGUGUUGACAUCACUUCAAUAAGCAUGUCGUUAUUAUCUUGGGGAAACAUAUCUUCUUAUUAAGCCAUUCUACAGGAUUCAAAAACAGCUCCUGACUUGCAAUCAGUUUCUUCACUCGGGCUGCAACUAUUAUUAUUAUUAUGAUUAUUAUGAUUAUUUUCAUUACCGAUUAAUCUGCAGACUAUUUUCUAGAUUAAUCGUUUGGUUUUUAGAACGCCAGAAAAUGAGUGAAACAUGUCCACUUCAGUUUAACAAAGUUCAAGGUAAUGUCUCGUCAGUCCAAAACCCAAACAUUCACUUUAAUGUGACAUAAAACAGAGAAAAGCUGUUUCUGCAUGAAACAAUGACUUCAUUUCUCACCUUCUCUUCUGCUUCACUACCGUUCACUGCUGAAUGAGAUCUCAGCUGUUUCAGGUGAUUUCUGCAUCACAAAACAAUUCUCAAACACAAGCAGAAAGAAAGCCAACUAUAUAGUUAUUUAUUUAAUGUUGACACAAGAAGAAGAAAAAAUUGCACUUUGUUAAAUGACCCCACAAGAACCAGUACAGUUCUACUGGUUCCCAGCUGCAAGUUGAGCAUGAGAGCAAUUUACAAUCUUUGCUUUAACAGUAUAUUGGCAGUUGUGUUAGUAUUAUAUUUAUAGGUUGUUUCAGACCGGCAAUAUGGUUAAAAAAAAAAGGGAAUUGUUUGUGUUUUAUGUGGCAAUCAGUCACCAACUUCCUUUGCCGAUGACGGCUUCCAAGGGACGAGUUUAGCAGAGAAGCAUGUGGAUCAAACGGAGCCAGGAACAAAGAUGUGCUAAUAGCAUGCAGCGCUAUCAUAUCAGGUCUAUGUGGACCAGUAUUAUUGUCUAAAUACCUGGUAGGAUUUGUCAUUUAUGCCGGGUGAGAAAGACUCACAUUAUGAUUCCUAAUACUGGAGUGAGUUUGAAUGUUACAACCCUUCUUGUAAAUACGUUUCUAAUAUUCCUUUGUUUCAUAGUUGAAUACUUGUCGUACGUGCCUACAUGCUUAAAAUGACAUGAAAUGUUUUUGAAAUUGUAUUCCAUCUCAUAAUGAGAGGAUGUUACAGCAGUCGGAGGUUAGUGGCUUAAUGUUAAAGAGUACAGGAGAGCGGGCAGGAAGUGCUUUAUUCUUGUCACAAUGAAAGCAGGUGAUUCUGCAUCUCAUCCUGGACUCUGACGGUUUUUAAUCAAUGUUUUUGCUAAUAUAACAGCUUUUUGUAGAUAGUCUUACAUGCACCUUCCUCAUGUCUUCCUCUCAUCAGUACACAACAAACAGCUCGUGCAAGGAAAUGAUUUAUUUUAAAAGUUUGGACAUUAAAUAAAAGUUACACAAGGCUGCA